CUCUCCCCCACUUGGACCCCUUAUCUUCAACUCUUUAAAUCUCCCACCAGUUGUCACUCCUCUUUUCUAAUCAAAGCAACUUUCUUUCUUCCUCUCUUUAGCGAGAGAUCCAACUUCAAGUGGUUACCCAAGUUGGAAAGGAGAGAAGAACAAAGAUGGAGGAAGAAGCACAGCAGGUGAACAGAUGGGAAGGUUAUGUCGAUUGGAGGAAGAGACCUGCUCUCAGAGGGCGCCAUGGUGGCAUGCUUGCAGCAUUCUUUGUUUUGGUUGUGGAAAUAUUGGAGAACCUGGCAUACUUGGCAAAUGCAAGCAAUUUGGUGCUUUAUUUAUCACACCACAUGCACUUAUCUCCAUCAAAAUCUGCAAACAGUGUCACAAAUUUCAUGGGAACCGCCUUUCUUUUGGCUCUCCUUGGAGGCUUCUUAUCAGACGCCUUCUUCACUACUUACCACAUCUACCUGUUAAGUGCAGUCAUUGAAUUUCUGGGCUUGGUUAUACUGACAGUGCAAGCUCGCUCUUCUUCUCUAAAGCCACCACCAUGUAGCCCGUCAAACCCAACUGUUCAAUGCACAGAAGUGGAUGGAGGAAAAGCGGCAAUGUUGUUCAUUGGGUUGUAUCUGGUGGCGCUGGGCGUUGGAGGGAUUAAGGGCUCGCUGCCUACACACGGGGCUGAGCAAUUUGAUGAGGACACCCCACAAGGAAGGAAGAAAAUAUCAACUUUUUUCAAUUACUUUGUGUUUUGCCUCUCCUGUGGUGCCCUCAUUGCAGUGACAUUAGUUGUGUGGAUUGAAGACAAUAAAGGAUGGGAAUGGGGAUUUGGAAUUUCCACCAUUGCAAUUUUCUUGUCUGUCCUUAUUUUCCUUGCUGGUUCAGCUUUAUACAAGAACAAGAUCCCUUCUGGCAGUCCACUCACCACCAUUUGCAAGGUUUUGAUUGCUGCAUUGAUCAACGCUUUUACAAGUAAAACUCCAAGCAAUGCCAUUGCGAACCUGUCAGCAAACCCUUAUAAGCUAAGCCAAACUAGCAAGGGACCUCAAGAAGAAACUACAAAAGCAAGGGAGUUGUUACCUCAGGCCCCAACAGUGACCCUGAGGUUCUUAAACAGAUCGCUUGUAAACAAGCCAGUCCAUACAGCACUAUCAUGCACGGUGCAGGAAGUAGAAGAAGUGAAAAUUGUGAUCAAAGUUCUCCCUAUCUUCGCUUGUACAAUCAUUCUCAACUGCUGCCUGGCUCAACUCUCCACUUUUUCGGUCGAACAAGCUGCCACAAUGAACACCAAAAUCGGUUCCUUAAAAGUCCCACCGGCGUCCCUUCCAGUUUUCCCUGUGCUCUUCAUCAUGAUCCUGGCGCCAAUUUAUGAUCAUUUCAUCAUCCCAUUUGCCAGGAAAGUAACCAAAUCCGAAAUGGGAAUCACUCAUCUACAAAGAAUUGGAAUCGGUUUGGUUCUUUCCAUUGUAGCCAUGGCAGUGGCAGCUCUUGUUGAGAUUAAGAGAAAGAGAGUUGCAAACUCAGGACUCAACUCGACUGGUCCAUUGCCAAUCACAUUCUUAUGGCUAGCUUUGCAGUAUUUGUUCCUGGGGUCAGCUGAUCUUUUCACCUUAGCCGGGCUGCUUGAAUUUUUCUUCACGGAGGCACCCACAAGGAUGAGAUCUUUGGCAACAUCGCUGUCAUGGGCCUCUUUGGCCGUGGGAUAUUACUUAAGCUCAGCGAUUGUAUCAAUAGUUAAUGAAGUCACAGAAAAUUCAGGACAGCAACCAUGGCUCUCCGGUGGCAGCAUCAAUGCGUAUCAGCUUGACAGAUUUUACUGGUUGAUGUGUGUGCUCAGUGGAUUGAAUUUCUUGCACUACCUUUUCUGGGCCACACGGUACAAAUAUAGAUCAUCAACACGAGCAAAUCAGUAAAGACUAGUGGUGAUAAACAGAAUUUAAAGGUGGUGUUUUCUUGAUCAAUUAUUUGAAAGAACCAUCUCUAAAUUCAAUUUUUUGUUUUUCUCGAAUAACAAGUGAUAUGCAGAUGAAUAGCUUGAUUAGACUGUUAAAAUAGGAAUUGAUUACACUGUUGUUCAGUUCCGGUAACAAAUAUGGUUUAACAUCUGGUGGAAUGGAGCCAUUCUAUUUUUUAGCUUUUA